CCUGUGCGGGGCUUUGGCUGGUUCCCGGAGGAGGAGCAAGAUGGACAUUCUGCGACCCACCCUGAUAAGGAUCGGGGGGCGAGUAUACAGGAAGAAUCUCAUUCAAGAGCAGGCCUACCAGCAUGAGGAGGAGGAGGAUUUCUGUGCAGGCCCCAGUGACUGCGCAGACGAACCCUGUGAUGCCUUUGUGGUGGAAGAGACUGGGAAAGGCUUCCAGUGCAAAGUGGACGUUCCCAGCCCACUAUACAAGUACAUCAUUGGGAAGAAAGGGGAAACCAAGAAGAGACUAGAAACAGAGACUCGAACCUCCAUCAGCAUUCCCAAGCCUGGAGUGGAAGGAGAAAUUGUGAUUACAGGGCAGCAUCGCAGCAGUGUCAUCUCUGCCCGAACACGGAUCGAUGUUCUCCUGGACAGCUUCCGUAAGAAGCAGCCCUUCACACACUUCCUGUCCUUCGCUCUCAACCAGCCUGCCAUCCAGGAGAAGUUCCUGCAGUUCAAGGAGGAAGUGUUGGAGAAAUGCUCAAAGGAUCAUGGGGUCAGCAGCAGCCUGUUCCAGAACCCUGCAAAGCUUCACCUGACUCUUGGGACGUUGGUACUUCUGAACGAGCAAGAGAUCCAGAAAGCGUGUGACCUCCUACAGCGAUGCAAAGAGGACUUUGUGGACCAAAUUGCUGGAGGCAAGCCCCUGACCGUGGAGGUGGCAGGAGUGGAGUACAUGAACGAUGACCCUGCCAUGACGGAUGUCCUUUACGCCAAAGUCCACAUGAAGGAUGGCUCUGACAGACUGCAGGUGAUCGCUGAUCAACUGGUGGAGCGGUUUGUGGCCUCCGGCCUGAUGCUUAAAGAAUGGGAUAGGGUGAAACUGCAUGCUACAGUCAUGAACACUCUCUUCAGGAAAGAUCCAAGUGCUGAAGAGCGAAACUAUGCAAUGACUGGUAAAUCAUCUUUCAAGGAACGGGAGUCGUUUAAUGGCCGAAAUAUCCUCAAGCUCUUCGAGAACUUCUACUUCGGAGAGGUGCAGCUGGACUCGGUGCGUCUUUCCCAGAGGUUCUCCUCGGAUGCCUCUGGCUACUACGCGACGUCUGGGCAGCUGACUUUCUCCUGAAGCGGCAACACGGCUGCCACGGCAGGUCCGCUCUGUGCGCAGAGGGACGCAACUCAUUGGUCAAAUGUUUUUAUAAAACACGAAUUUUGGAUGGGAACCUGGGAAUUCCAAGCAGGGAUGCCUCGUGACUCCUCAAAAGCACAUUACAGCCGGGAACCGUGGCAUUUCCCUGCAGCUUUUCCUACACGUAUUGCCUUCUGGCGGAACCGGGGUCCUUCUGCCUCCUUUCCCCGUUGAUAACCUAAAUGUCGUAAAGUUGCCUGUCUGUUUUCCAAGAAAACAACUAGAAAAACUGGUGCAGGUGGCUUUUGGGGCAUCGCUGAUGUUUAAGCAUGGCUUUAUUUCAGAAGAAGGAAGUUUGUCUUAAAAUAAGUAUUUAAAAUCCAAGAGAGCUCCCCAGAGCAUGAUUUAACGAUAUUGAGGUCAGGCUUUGCUUGGAUCUCCAGCAGUGUGCCUGUGUGAUGUAGAUCUCCAAAUAAAUUAAUUCCCUUCAAAAGCAAAGUGUUUAUCUCCUGUUGCAUUGAUAGUUUCUGUAAUUAAACUUCCAGCAUGCAACUACGUUAAUAAGAAAGCAUUUAUGGUAAGAGC